AUGGGCACUAGCACUAGUGGACAGAAGCAGGACGACUCUCACCAAAAUGCACGGGCGAAGCCAAAGAUCAGCCCUCUGCACGGGUUGCAGCUGCGCGCUUUUCUCAGUGCUGCGGACGACGUGGACGCAGAUUCGGACACGCUAGACGACCUCAUGGACGGAGUGGGCGAGGAAAUCUGCAGUUCUAUGACUGACCAGGACAGUCUUUCAGGGCUCUCUGAUACAGAACACGUCGACUCCACUCCAGACAAUAGUAUAUUCAACGGAGCUAUUUCAGCAGAUGCAACGGACAGUGACACGGAACAAAUCGACCCUGCUGAGCUACAUGCACUAGAACAAGAAGCUGAACGUGCGUGGACCAAGGAGGAAAUUGGAAAGAUGAUGCAUUUUGUCAGGGAAAAGGGAAUGGGUCCAUUCAUAAGGGAGUACGUUGUCGUUCAGCAGACACCCAUUGUGAAACUACUGUUCGCUUUCGGGAUCUCCUUGUGUCCUGAACUAAGGGCAAAGAGUCCUGCGACAUUGCUCUACUUUCUAAGAGUGGCAAUAUCACGCGUGUUGCGUCUCAGGGAAAAACUGCCUCAACACAACACCAUUGAGGAUGCUGUAUCGCUGAUACAGAGGUCGCGUCGCAUCAUCAUACUGACUGGCGCAGGCAUCAGUUUGGCGUCUCCUUGCGGGAUUCCUGAUUUUCGGUCCCGGAACGGAUUGUACGCAUCUCUGAAGGCAAAUGGCCAGUAUGACCUCGAUGACCCUCAACAAAUGUUUGAUAUCCAUUACUUCAAAGAACAUCCUGCUGGUCAGCUGCACUAUCAAUGUACCGCUCAAAUAUACCCAUCUAAUUUCAUACCAUCUCCUUGCCACCGAUUCAUUAAACUGAUCGAGGACAAGGGUAAGCUCCUUCGGAAUUACACGCAGAAUAUCGACACACUAGAAACCCAGGCGGGCAUCAAACGCGUAUUGCAAUGUCAUGGAUCUUUCAAGACAGCCACAUGCCUACUUUGUCGGAAACAGGUGCCCGGGGUUGAGAUCGAGCGCGAGAUUCUCGAGCGUCGUGUUCCCUACUGCAAAACGUGCCUAGAAGCACAUAGAGCAGCGGAAGCUCAGAAGAGCAAGGUUACCAAGAAGGGGAAGAAGAGGAAGAACGAGUGGGACGACGAUAGCGACGAUAGCGAUGAUGACAUGCCAGUGGGUGUCAUGAAACCGGAUAUAACUUUCUUCGGAGAAAAGCUCAACGACGAGUUUGAUAGAGCGCUCGAAGAAGACAGGGACAAAGUCGACUUACUCCUCGUCAUAGGGACCUCCCUCAAAGUUUCCCCUGUGUCGGAGAUCUUUUCCCAUCUUCCACAUUCGGUGCCUCAGAUCCUUAUCAAUAGGACGCCGAUCAGGCACAUAAAUCCGGACGUCGUUCUAUUGGGAAACGCGGACGAUAUCGUGCAGUAUCUGUGUGAGCGGCUGCAUUGGGAACUGCCACCGCCGACCCCGCAACAUGGUUUGCAACUUGAUGUGCCGGUGCCGUUAGGCAAGAACGGCAAGCGUUCAUCGACGGAGAUGAUGGGCAUAGCAGAACCCGUUCGAGUUGGAGAAAGCCACGUCUGGCUGUUCCAGGGUGCCGAAGGAGGCAAAUGGGUUGAGGAUAUCAGGGAGAAGUACAACCAUGUGGUCAAACAAAAUGUGCCACAUUCAGAACCGGGAGCCAAGAAGGCUCGGGUUACUUGA